UUUUUAUUUGAAGUAAUAAGUUUCAAAAGGUUUAUCUUAAGUGUCCCAUCCAACAAACCCUAAGAUAUAGAAGCCUAAGGAAAGAGCACGACAGUUCCUUAUAGAAACUUGUUGCUGUUUAGCCAUGGGUCAGCUCCUAUAACCAAGGUGUUCCCUUCGUAACCAUCCCGUCUUUUGUUGUUGUUUUUCUUUCUUUUUAGAUACAAUGAAACUAGGACAUUUUCCAACGCCUGUCCUUUUUUCUAAGACGGUGUAGGGUGUGAUCUGAGCGAGAUUUAUACUGCUAUUUCUAGCAGAUCCAGCGACUAGUUACAGCUCUUUUCUCAUAGGCUUAAAAAUGUGCUGCACCUGCAGAGCUACUUUAUCUCGCUGUCUUUUCUGAACUGCUAAUGUAAGAGCCUCCUCAAAGAACUUCUUCUUGUAUACAGUUAUGAGGGGGUUAUAUGGUGUGCUUCGAUCAAAACUCCACCCAAUUUGUUUUCAGCCACUACACAAUAAAUAACAAAACCCUACACAAGCGAAUGACAUUUCUCUCAAGGGCAGGUAACAAUGAAAACGGUAAGUGUACGAAAGGAAUCGAAAAUGCAGCGGAAAUAUAUUUAGAAUAUUUGUAAUUCAUAAAAAUGACCCUCAGGAGUUCUUGGAUAAAGAGAUGGCGACAGUACAGGCAUCGAUUCACACCAUGGUUAGCUUUCAACUGGACUAAUAGAACUAAGCGACAUGUAGAAAGUCCUCAAUCCGAUAAACUCAUUCCAGAUUCCUUUAUACGUGAAGAUCUGUUACGUUUUUGUGAAUCUUUAUACAGAUAUGAAACAGCUAAAGAGACAACAUUUAGAAAUGGUGAAGAUUUUUGUAAAACCACAAGCUUUCUAAGCAGAAAUCCAUUCUCAACAAAUGCAGAUAUUCAUUUGGAUAGCUUAGCACUCAGCCAUGAAAUUCUAGGCUUUACCCUUGAGAGAAAAUCCAGUAGUUUAUCUGAAGCUGGUGGUGGCAUAUUUGUCACAAAAGGUUCAAUACCAGCCAACACGUUUGUUUGUCUUUAUCCUGGCACAAUUUAUAGAGUUCACGAUCCACUCUUCUUUCAAAGUCUUAAAAACCAAUUCAUUUUCCGCUGCGCUGACCAAAUACACAUUGAUGGUAAUGACAGAGGAUUAUCAAAACUAAUAUUCAAGUCUUGCACUCACCGUGAUCGUCGGUUUCCUUACUGGACAGCAGAUGCAACCUGGAUGUCAACAUGGCCAGUAAAUCCACUAGCCGUUGGUCAAUAUGUGAAUAACCAAACUCCAGAAUUUCCAGCCAAUGUAGCUUAUCAAGAAUUUGACAUCUCAUCAGAUUUUCCAAUACAUCUCAGUAGAUAUCUUCCUUAUGUAGAAUACAGUGGAGGCCUUAAUUUAUAUAAUUCAGUCAACAGGUUAUUAAGAGGUGUGGCACUUGUUUCACUCCGCUCGAUCCAUGCAGGAGAAGAAUUGUUUUCAACAUACUUUACAGUUAUAGAAGCCCCCCAACAGUAAUUGUGUACCUUUGAACUGCUUGUUAUCAAAAGGAAAACUAAUUUAAGUAAUUAAGAUGGUGAAAGAGAUCUUUAAAGAAGUUUUUUAUCAGUAAAAGUUGUUUUGCCUCUUUUUUUUAAUUUGGUGAUCAAGUCUUAAUAAUUGAUUUAACUGUAAUAACUAGGAGGACAUGAUGUUUUUCUUUCUUCCCAUGCAAUCAUUCAAUAACUUUAAUGCUUCAGUAUUCAAACUGGCCAUAUCUGGUCCAAAUAUCCUACUUCUUUUAUGUUCAGACUAAUCAGAUCCAGCCUCUCUCACCUACCCUACAAUGUCUUUCUUAAAACAAACAUUCACAUCAUUGAAAUCUCAAAGCUAUGAGAUAAUCCAUAAUUAAUUCAAAAUGAAUGUGAAUAAAUAAGCUUUAUAUUUGACAGAGUAAUCUGAAUACAAAAGGGUUAAAUAUUUAAUUUAAUCCUCUUAAUCAGAAUGAAGCUAAUGACGUUUCUUAAUUGAGAUCCAAGUACAACAUAAAUAAUUUUUCAUCAGUGAUAUGUCUUUUGAAAUAUUUACAAACUUCUUGCAGUUCUAUUUGUUAAAUUAACUACAUAAGACAUCUUGAUCAAGAGAUUAGUUUAACAAAUAUAAAACUUUGUUUUACUACACAUCAAAAUAUAAUGUUUAAAUUGACAAAUGUUUUGUAUUUUUCCUUUCCACCCAGUUAGCUUAUGUAUAAGUAUCUGAUCAUUGUGACCCAAAAUUCAAAUAAAUAUAUCCAUAUCCAUAUAAAAAAAAACCCCAGUUUGGUUAGUACUGUACCCAAAAUAUGCUAAAUGUUACUGAUUAUGACUCCCAGUGAUAAAACAAAAAAAGUAAAGGUGAUAUUAAUUAAAGAAUUAUGAAAAAAUGUAAAUAAAACCAAAUUCUUAUUUACAGUGAUGUUUCAAAUGGGAGUGUAUACAAAAACAAUGCACAAUUUCUAGAGUGAUUCCUCAGGCUGUGCAGAACAUUUCUAGAAUCUUGCUUCUUCAAAAUGUCCAUGCCUAAAGUUCUUCACCUUGAGCUUUGUUUUUGAUGGCCUUCAGAACAUUUUUCAUACUUGUUAGUACUAAAACGGAAAAUGAACACAUUUUAAAAAUUUACAUGAAACACAUUUUGAAAUAUAUUUUACAAUUAAUUAUUAAUGCAAGAUAUACUGAAGGUAUAACUAGGUGAAGUUUUCAUUACUCUCCUACACACUCUCGUUAUUUUUUAAAAUCAGCCAACAAAAGUAUUUGAAAUAGUAGUCAAAUCUCCCAUACUAUAUGAUGCUAUUUUUAAGAAAAGAAUGGAAUAGUCAUAUUUGGAAUUCCUUUGACUUUCAAAGACUGACCUGGGGCUAAACAGUAAUAGCCGUUACAAAUACAUGUCACUUGUAUCAAUGAAGGGUAGCAGGUAACAAAAUUGGAUAUCUGGAGUAAUGUUACUUGAUGCAUAACUAAAGCUCAGAGAUCAGGUAAUCUCUCCAGAUUGAACCACUACUUCUCAUUGAGCAGUCACAGCUCCAGUGUUACAGACAUGUAGUUAGAAAGCUGCAGGAAAGAAUUAAAAGACAGAUUCUUCAAGCCAAGUGAACCAGCUGGAGACCUAGAGGUAGGCCACAAGUGAGAAUGGCUGAAUAAUAUCCAUAGUCUCAGAUGGUCAUGUUUGGGAAUCCAGAAAAAGUCCAAUGAUUGUUGCUUCUGACAGUAAGAGCCUUAUGGAGGUGCCUUGAGACCAUCCCAGAAAUAGCAGGUAGCAAGGACUAAUAAAGAAUUUAUUAAAUUAACCCUCUUGGGACACUCAGGAUCAAUUGAUCAGCCCAAGUGAUACAAGCUGCUAAGACUUUGAGGCUGAUCUAUCGGCCUGAUGAGACAAACGUUUUGAAGUGUAAUAGCCAAUCAGAGAUCGUCUUUCAGUAGAUAUAAUAUAAAACUAUAUAAUACCUAAAUUUUUACAUACUAAUAAAGUAGUUUUAAGCACUUUAUCCUUUGUUUUCUACAUGCACCUGUCAAUUUCAAUCUCAACAGGAAAAACAUUUUGGUAUUUUUGGCUACACAUAGCAAAAUGCUGUCUCAAAAAGGUUAAGUUCAUGUUUAGAAUAUAAUAGGAAAUUUUAAUGCAAGGUACUCAUUCAUAUCUCUUAAAAACAAGUAGUUUGUAUUAUAGAGCCAAGUGCAGUCUCAGACAAGUUGGUGUCAAAAGGGUUAAAUGCACAUGACUAUACAACAUCACCUAAUUAUUAAUAAUAGUUACAAUCAUCAUAUAUGGAACAGAUCACUAAAUUAGGGAUUUCUUUCAUUCAGUCUGUUUUAUCAUUCCCUUGUUACAGGUUCUUCAAAAACUGAAAUGGCAAAGCAAAUAAAAGUUAUUUCUUGCCCUGCUCUA